AUGACUCCUCGACGCUCUUCUCGGGCUCGCACCUCCCAGCCCUCUCCUGCCCUCAUCCAACAAACCAACUCCUCCAGCUCCUCCAGCUCUACUCGAGAGAGAAGCACCCGAUCAAACCACAAAAAUGCCUCCCCUCACGAUUCCAACGGCCACCGAUCCCAGUCCAUCGAUGACGCUGAAAGCGCCUCAAAAGACCUCCCACACACACGGCAGCGCCAGCGCGCUCACGAAGAUGAAGAUGAGGUACCUGGCGAAGAAGACGAGGAUGACCUAGACGACGAGGAGGAAGAGGUUACCCGGUGUCUCUGUGGUCAACAAGACUACCCAGGGUUGCCUCCUUCUCGUCGCGAGGCCCUCGGUCGCGGCACCAUCAAGCUGGAGUCAGUCCCGAUACCAUCUGAUCCAUCUGAUAUCAUGGCAGAUGAGAUUGGUAGCAUGUUCAUCCAAUGCGAUUUGUGCAAAGUGUGGCAGCAUGGUGGCUGUGUGGGAAUCAUGGACGAGGCGACGAGUCCUGACGAAUAUUUCUGCGAGGAGUGUCGGAAGGAUUUGCACAAGAUCCAAGGCGAAUCUAAUGGUAUCAUGCUGAUAUCUUCUCAGAUCACGAUCCUCCACCUACCUACCAGUCGCACCCGUGUCUUCGCCAACACCGCCGCCGCCGCCUCCGCCGGCACCGCCAGCACCACCAGCACCCUGCAGGCGCCCUCGCCCGCCCCAUCCUCCCGGGCAUCUUCAAGAGACACCUCUCGACGCUCGAAGGACCGAAAGUCGCGGAAUAGUGAAGGCGCUUCCAACCCCAAGCGGCGCUCGACGAUGAACAGCCGGGAUGCUGCAUAUGACGAAGAAGAAUUGAUCCGGCGCGCAAUUGAGGAAAGCAAGGAAGAUUCCAAGAGCAAUCCGGAUGAGACAAUUACGCGUCGGACUAAACGAAGUCGGAGUGACAGUGUGACGAACAGAGAAGGGUCAAAGCGCCCACGAACUGCCUCUCCAUCGCCAGCAGCUGCAUCGAAACAUACUGCCUCCCACCCACCUUCAGAUGAUGAGCAGAAGCAGAAAUCAGCAGUCAACGGUACUCGAAGGCAGAGGGCCACCUCUCGAGGUCAACUCGAUAAGGAUCCCGCCAAAGACACCGAUGAGGGUGACGCAGAAGCUCCUGAAGUAACUACUCGCCGGAAAGAAAGGACCAACCGGCGCAAAGGAGAAGGUAAAUCCUACAGUUCCACGUUCGCAAACGUUCCCUUGCUCAUAGUUAUCACAGAAUCCGAACUUGAACCUGGAUCACCUACCAAAACCGCGCCGAUUGAAACCGAACCGACACAAGCAAGCCCCAACACCCCCACUCCUCAAGAGCCCACCCCGGUUCGCCCGUCGACUCGCAAGUCCGGUCGUCCUUCCGCGCGCCGAGGCCGUGUCGGACGAAACCAAUAUACAAAGGACCGAGACACAAAUGGAAAUGGCGUGGAUCAAGGAUAUAUGGCCAACUCACCGCGCCGUGGUCAGUCCCAUGAAUUUGGCGGUGACUCCCCGCGAGUUGGAUACGCCGGGAUGAAUGGUACGCACCUCAACGGUGGAGAGUCUGGACGGCCAAGCAAGCCACGACAUAUGCACCCGCAGCGAACAACCAUGAAUGAGAUGAAGCGCCGCGUAGCCGCAAUUCUCGAGUUCAUCUCGCGCAUGCAAGUCGAAAUGGCUGUUGCUGGCGAGAACUCCUCCACACCGACCAGUAACGGCGACCGCGCUCAAGGCCUCCUGCUAAAGAGCAUGGUGGACCAAAUAGACAGCGCGAUGGCCUCGGGCCGCAGUGACGGCGGCGAGUCCGCGCCUGCAACGACUGACGGCGGCUAUGGCGAUACCUCGACGCAUGACAAAGAUUUCAAUAAACUCAGCAGCGUCGAGAUGAUGGACGUUCUCACGCGCCAUUUACUCAAGUGGCAGCAAGAGUAUGGCAAGUUUGGAGAGCGCUAA